UCAUAAGUGAGGUCUUUAACCUGCUGCCCACCCACAAAAAAACGUUUGUUUGCCUCGAGUUGCCUCUUCUCGCCAUGCCUUGCGUUGCCUGUUAUGUUAGGUGGGCCAUCCACUUGAGAGGCUUCGGCAUUGGACGCAGCUUAUUGGAUUUGCGAGCAGCUGCAGCCAGCCAACAGUCUUGAGUCAACGCUCGUGGACAACGCAUCCGUAUCAAAGUUAAGAACGAGCUGCCAGCUAGUCAUGCUCGCCGAGAUCUUGGGCUAUGCCUACUGCUUGGCCUAUGUGCUCACCCUGUUCAGUUGGCCAGGCAACGCGUUUCCAGCCAACAGUUAUCGGGAUCUGGACAUUUGCAAUCACUGGAAUGGCCGGCGUCACUUUCUGGAGCUGGGCGAACGUGGUGAGCUGCAUGCUAAAAAUGUCAGCACCACAGCAUUUCGAAGCUCCCAGCUGAGCAUGCCGAACGAUCUGACGUCAGCGCCAGCGGAUGUGUGGUACCAAUGCAAUCUGGAGCUCGUUACCUGUGCGGAGUGCGUUUUACGCGUCACUUUCACACAUGCGAACUUUUCAAAGAGUUGCAGCAACACCGGUGGAAAGUCGAAUAUGUGUCCCUGCGAGCACAUACAGUUCUCGGAGCCGCCCUACGAUAGCACCAUUUCGGGUCAGGAGUUUUGCGGCGAUGGCAAAGUAUUUCGCAGCAAGACGCGAACACUGCAGCUCAAGUUCUUCUACCGUGCAACAAACGCGCACGUCUUCUCGCUGCAGUAUUUCUCCGAGCGCAAUGUAAAGAUUGUGAGCGGCACACCGAAGCAGUCCAUUGUGGGCAGUGGCAGCAAUGCCAACUCUGUGCCGCAGGUUAUCUCGACUCCCUACUUUCCCAUGGCCUAUCCCCGGGAUUAUGGCAUCGAACAUAUUCUCACCUGCGAGUCGGAGAAUUGUCAGGUGCGUUUGGACUUUACAGACUUUCAGCUGGGCUUGGCAUCAACUCUGGAGAUCUUUGACUCCAACGGACAAAUGCUGGACUCGUAUACCGGCGAACAUUUCCGACCACCCAUCACUGUGAGCAGCGGGAAAUCGUUGCUGCUGCAGUUCCGGGGAAAUUCAGCCACAGGCGUUGGCUUUCGUGCCGAGGUGAGCUUCGUCUCCUCCAAGCAGCUAAGGGACGAGCGACUGGUGCCGUAUACGGACUGCGGGGGCAUGGUUACAGGACCCGGUGGAGCCAUCACCAUGAUGAAUAUGAUCGAGAAUGCCACCGAUGUUCGACUCUUCGACUGCAUCUGGAUUAUCAAGCCAGGCAAUAACUACAUGAUGAUGAAAACACAUAUCUCACUGCGUGUAGACGACUUCUACGGCAUGGCAGCGCGAUCUGAACUAACCAUAAAACAAGGCACCACAUCGGAUGCGACAGAAAUUGAGACCAUCAUGUGGCCAAAUAAUGGAUUGAGCAAAGAGAGCCACAUUGCGCCCAUCCUGACGGGUUACUACAUUCGGCUGCGCGGAGUAUUUGGCAUGUCCUCCAAACUGGCCAUUGUCUACAGCGUCUUCAACUACUUGAAUUGCUACAUCGGUUCGGAAUUCCUGUGCGGCAACAAUCAUUGCAUCUCAAUUCGUCUACACUGCGAUGGCUUCGAUCACUGUGGCGAUGGCAGCGAUGAGCCCGAAUCCUGUGAGGAGGACUGGGCGCAUCUGCAUCACGAUCGCCGCUGGUAUUCCCAUAAACCCAACUACUACUUUCCCAAGAUGGAUCAGUAUCCCGACCUCAAGACCGCCACCGGCAUCUUCAUCAUCAGCACACUGGGAAUCUUCGGGGUGCUCUCUGGCUGGAUGGUCAUACUCUACCGCAUGGGAGUGCGAGCACGACAUCAACGCGAACUGCAAAGUCAUCUGCAGACGAUAAGCGAGUUGCUCGAUCGUCAGGGCGAGGAUCGCACUCCAGACGAACCCCCGAGCUACGAAGCACCGCCAGACUACGAGGAAGUGAUCAAGGUGGGUAUGCAACAGGAGUUGCGUGAACCGCGUCGUCAGCGGCGACAGCAGCGUCCUCGGGCGCAUCGAGAACGCAGCGGAUGCAGUCGAGCGCCGAGUAAUUGCACCAUGCAAUCGAUGGUACCGCUGCACGGCAGCUGCAGCAUGGAGGAGUGCGAGCAGGAGCAACCGAGCACGUCGGCAGCGGCCAUGACACGUGCUGUGGCCUCCACCGAUACGUCGCAGGAUGCGGGACAGGAGCAGCAUCAGCAGCUAACGCAACGCAUGCUGCUAGCCACGGCCAUCUGUGGCGCUGCAGGCGCGUCUAUCCCGGAGCAACAACAGUCACAGCAGCAGCAAUCCUUGGGGAUUUCAGCGAGCCCGUCAUCGCUUUCCGCUGGGCGUGAACUAUCCACAGCCGCUGCAGUCGCAACGGCAACGCAACCGACGACGCCCAACAACAGCACGACGGACGACGGCACCGACGCCUUUCGCGACGCCUCACUCAACAUUUCACUCAGUCUAGGCUUGUCGCCCAGUUCGCCCAGCAACGUUGCCACCAAUACCACCACCAGCUUGCUUAAUCCAACUCCUGGCCAGCAACCCAGCAGCAAUUGCACCGAGCACACGUACCUGAAACGCUCCUGGCUACUUGUUCAACAACCAGCGACAGGACAACGUUGUCGUGUUCAACGUUUGCGUCACACUUUCUCCUCACCCGAGGCUUUUAAUGCGCCCGCCGAGCUGCAUCUACCGUAUCCAGAUUUUCUCAGUUAUGGCACGAAUCUGCCACACGAACGCAGCAGCAGCAAUUUCGGUUCCGAGCUUUCGCGUGAUCCCUCCACCUACAGUCUGGGCAAACGUGCGCGUCUCGCAGCCGCCGAGCAAAGUGAUUGUCGUACCUUGACACCGAGUAGCGAUGUGGAGGAGAGCUGCAGUGCAGCCCCAGUGGAGAUAGAGCAGCACAGCGAUAGCGAUGCGGAGCAACAGGUGUCGUGCUUUGGUGCCGUGGUCAGCCAACGUCCCAAGCGACGUCGUGUGCGCAGUCGCUCCUUUAGCAAUGCACGUGGAGCUGGCGGCGGCAGCGGAGCAAGACGUCGACUCAGACAACGUAGCUCUUCGGCGGAUUUGCUUAUCUAUGCCAGCAUGCAGCGGGAGGGCGAAGGUCAACGAUUGUUCUUCAUAUAAGGGAGCUUAAGUUGGAAGUGGGAACGAUAGUAUUAAUGAAAAGGUGCGUUGCUGUCCAGGAACUGGUCUGAAACUCAUGAAUAAAUAUAUAAACUGAUGCCUAUGUUAAAUGUGCUAAAUAAAUGUUUACACAAUUUGUUGAAUUUCA